AUGGACGCCCAACCCCAAUCAGUCUCUACUCCCGAGACCCAAACAACCUUUAUGGCGCCUCCCGCGCGUCCAGGUCAGGCACAGCCGUGGAAGCAAUGGUAUCAGCCGGAAGAACUUGACACGGAAAUUGAAGGCGUGAACGAUAAGAUGCCCCAGCAGUGCAGCCACUUAACCCAGGCUGUAACCGCCGUUUGA